AUGCUGCCCCACUGGUCAAUAGCGGGACUUGUUGUCCUUACGGGUUCAGCGCUCGCUCAAACGACAACACGCUACUGCGACGCGUCCACGUCGAUAUGUUACGCUGGAUGGAACGGCGAGAAAGGAGUUACUAUUGGAGUUGCCCUUCCGAAUGCCACUGUUGCGCCCUUCGACACGGUGCUGCAGAUUGUAUCUCCUAUCACCAAUGGUUGGGUAGGGUUCUCCUGGGGCGGAACUAUGCCCUAUGUUCCACUCACGAUCGGUUGGGUGAAUAAUGCCUCAAACACAGCCAUAUACUCUUCAAGAAUGGCGUACGGCCUGAGUCUACCACAGCCGUACCCCGAGGCCGAAUACACUUACCUCAAAGGGACGGGCUUCAACAAGACGCAUUGGACUCUAAAUGUGAGGUGCAGGGGCUGUUCGCAGUGGGAGGAUACGGAGGGCAAGACGGUUUCUAUCGAUCCCAUGAACGCCACCGUAAAGUUCGCACAUGGUCUUGCAGUCAAGCCACCAAAAGAACCGGCGAACAACCGAUCGACCUUCAACGUGCACACGUCUUUCGGGCACUGGACGUUGGAUUUGAGUAAGGGACAGAACGCGAAUUUUAAUGAGCUUGUCGCAGCAAACUUGGUCCCGGAUUUACCGCCGGCAUCAAGCAGCGUUCCUAGCUCGACUGUUCGACCGAGCACGCGUAGCACGAGCGCCAUCCCUUCGUCGACUCCUGGCCCUACUCAAACCGGCGUUCCCGCGUCCUGUUCUGGCGUUUCGGACUUCCAUACACCAAUAAAGACGGCGAAUGGCUGGAAAGCGGUGAAAAUUGCUGGCAGCCUGACGCAACCUCGUGGGAUAAUCUUCGACUCUGCUGGGCAUCUCCUCCUUGUCCAGAACGGGUUCGGUAUCACGGCGCAUACUAUUGGAAACAAUGGCUGCCUUGCGUCCCAGAAGACUGUCAUCACCCAGAGGAACCUCAAUCACGGCAUCGUCCUAAGCCCCGAUGGCAAGACAUUAUACGCAAGUUCAGCGACUCAGGUGUUUGCCUGGGACUACGAUGCCGCAACCAUGAGCGUCGGUAACUCCUCCAAGGUGGUGGUCUCUGGAAUGGACAACAGAGGCCACGUGACACGAACCUUGGCUAUCCCCCCCAAGCUUCCUAACACCCUGAUCGUAUCUCACGGCUCCAACGACAACUUCGACUUCGACUCUGGUGACAUCAAGACCGGCCGCUCCUGCGUCAAGGCUUUCGAUAUGACCAAGGUUCCAGCGGACGGUUACAACUAUGUGUCUGGGGGAUACCAGCUGGGCUAUGGACUGCGGAACGGAGUGGGACUGGCUUUCGACGCCGAUGGAAUGCUUUGGGAGAUUGAGAACUCUUCCGAUGAGAUCCAACGAACCAUCGGCGACAGCUCCGUGGACAUCCACAUGGACAAUCCGUCAGAAGAAAUCAACUACAUUGGCGAUCCGUCCAAAGAGAACACAGAUUGGUACGGCUAUCCGACCUGCUACACUGUCUGGAAGCCGGAUGUCAUCACGGACCGCAACUUCUCAGUAGGCGACCAGUUCGUCUUGACGCCGAACAGCACCUUCACAGACGAUACGUGCACGGCCAAGAGCAAGGCAGCGAAGCUCGCUCUCCAAGCACACUCGGCGCCGCUCGACGCCGUCUUCAACAAGAACUACACAAGCCUCUACGUCACCUUCCACGGCUCGUGGGACCGCACGCCAUCCACAGGCUACAAAGUCGUCGAAGUUCCGUUCUCCAAAGGCGCUGACGGGUUCAGGCCCAGGGCGGCGCUUGCGAAUAGUGUCAGCGACGGGUACUCGGACAUCAUGUUCAGCUCAGAUGUCGAGCACUGCUCGACGACGACGUGCUUUAGGCCAGUUUCUAUUGCGAAGGACAAGUAUGAGCGCAUGUAUAUUACGAGCGAUAGCGGGGCGGAGGGCGAGAUGCUGUUGCUUGGCAGAGCGUGA